AUGUCGCAGAUCUUGAAGAGACUUCAUCAAGGAAGCUGUGGAUCUGGCGAAGGAGAUGCUCCGGGAGGCGACAAAAGCAAAGGGAAUGCUUCUACUUCAAAAGUUAAAGGAAAAAAGGGUGGCAUGCGACGAAGCGCCGUCACCGCGACAGUUUUCCCUCUCCUCAGCCGUGGCCUAGGAGCAAGGGCCGACCGACUGUUCUACCUCCUGAUCGUCGGCCAUCAUCACUCGACUGCCAUCAUUCAUCGCCGGAGGUGCUUCUUGUGUUUGUGGUCAUUGUGGUCGCAGGAUUCUACCGAGCCUCUUCCCCAUCGGUUGAUUGUUGACGCUGGGCCCUGGUUCUUUUCUCCACUGCCGGCUUCUUCUUCCAUUAGCCACCGACAGAGAGGGAACGAGGGGCACUGGUUAGGAGAGGCAGAUUUGACAGUAACUUCUAGUUCCGGUCAUUAUAUCACCAAGGCACGCGUCUCCGACAGUGACUCAACAGUCGGGCAUACGCAAUUGGGUGAGUUUUGGAUUAAGGAGCUUGACGCGAGACGUGUUUCUCAAUUAUUGGAUUUGGACCACUUUAUUGGAGGUUGAGGCUGUCCGGAG